AUGACGAGAUCAAAGGUUGCCAUCCUCCCAUUGUUCCUGUUGUUCGUGGUUCUGUCAGGAUCCUGGACGACUUGCAGUCGUCCGGCCGCUGCCGCGAGGCCGCUGCUGGCUCACGACGACGACGACGACAGCCGUUGGGUCGAGCAGGCGGCCCCUGCCGGCAUUGGCUUGGUCGCGGUGCUGCAGUCUGUCUGGAGGCCGUGGCACCAGCUGCUGCCUCUAGAAAUGAAGCAGGCUGGACUCUCGUGUAGUACGUGGGACCCCAACAAUCUCUGCCCACCACCAGCACCAAGGGGGCCAUGA